GCGCGCACUCCAAUCUUGGGUAGAUUGCCAGACAUGGCGGCGGAUCUAAACCCCGACUGGCUGUCUUGCAUCCCUUCUUUUUGGACUUACGGGGUGACACGGGAUGGCCGCGUCUUCUUCAUCAAUGAGGAAGCAAAGAGCACAACCUGGCUGCAUCCAGUCACUGGUGAGGCCGUUAUUACUGGCCACAGGAAAACUCCAGAUUUACCGACCGGAUGGGAGGAGGGAUACACGUUCGAGGGAGCGCGGUGCUUUAUUAAUCAUAAUGAGCAGAAGGUGACCUGUAAGCACCCCAUCACAGGUUCGCCCUCGCAGGACACCUGCAUCUUCAUCCUCAACGAACAACCAGCUCCCAAAGCACCGGCCAGCGAGAAGAAGGACCGCCCCAUCAGCACCAUGACCGACGCCUCCAACUACACCAGCAGCUCGGACUACAUCCCCCGCCCUGGGAGCCCCCCGGGCAGGCCUUCAAGAUCCUCGAAAAAAGUUCACAAUUUUGGGAAGAGGUCCAACUCCAUAAAGAGGAACCCCAAUGCCCCUGUGGUCAGGAGUGGCUGGCUGUACAAGCAGGACAGCGCGGGCAUGAAGCUGUGGAAGAAGAGGUGGUUUGUGCUCUCCGACAUGUGCCUGUUCUACUAUAGAGAUGAAAAAGAGGAAGUUGUCCUAGGAAGCAUUCUCCUUCCCAGCUUCCACAUCUCCAUGCUGUCGGUGGAGGACCACAUCAGCAAGAAGUACGCCUUUAAGGCCACGCACCCCAACAUGCGCACGUACUACUUCUGCACCGACGUGGCCAAGGACAUGGAGGCGUGGAUGAGGGCCAUGACCGACGCCGCCCUGGUUCACACAGAGCCAAUCAAGAGGCAGAAGCUGGAGCCCUGCCUCCCUCAGGAGGCGAACAGCACACAGUGCCGUCGGGCCCGGUCCCAGCCGGAGGUGUGCGGUCUGGACCGGUCCCAGCCGGAGGUGUGCGGUCUGGACCGGUCCCAGCCGGAGGUGUGCGGUCUGGACCGGUCCCAGCCGGAGGUGUGCGGUCUGGACCGGUCCCAGCCGGAGGUGUGCGGUCUGGACCGGUCCCAGCCGGAGGUGUGCGGUCAGGACUGGCCCCGGGAGGCGGGCGGGCCGGGGGCCCUGGAGCAGGGCCAGGCGGACGGGGAGAGGGGCCCCCUGCGGCCGGACGGGGUGGAGAGGGAGAGGCCCCGGCCCAGGGCCCGCGGCGCCAGGCUGCAGCCGGGCCAGGCCGCCGCCAUCGUGGCGGCCGUGAUGUCAUGCUCCCAGCAGGGCGGGGCCGGGGGCCCCCAGGAGAACGCCCUCCAGCUCAACGGCUCCGGGGGCUGCAGCCCGGGGGAUGGGGGGGGCGAUGCCCCGCCCGCCUGGCCUCCCACCUGUGCCACGCCCCUGAUAGACUCCUCCCACUCGCAAGAUGCUCCCCAUAUAGACCCCGCCUGCUGCCAGCCCCCCCCUCAGCCAGAAUGUGACCAAUACCAGCCCCCUCCCCAGCAAGAAUUUGACCAAUCCCAGGCACCUCCCCAGCCAGAAUCUGACCAAUCCUUCCCCUACCUCCAGAGAGAAUCUGACCAAUUUCAGCCCCCUCAGCAAGAAUCUGACCAAUUGCAGCCCCCUCAGCGAGAAUCUGACCAGUCACAGCCUCUUCCCCAGACAGAUUCUGUCCAAUCCGUGCCCUACCUCCAGAGAGAAUCUGACCAAUCGCAGCCCCCUCCCCAAACAGAUUCUGCCCAAUCCCUGCCCCCUCCCCAGAGAGAAUUUUGCCAAUCCCAGCCCCCUCUCCAGAUAGACUCCGCCCUUCCACAGGUCUCUCACCACAGAGACAUCAGCUAUUCCCAGACCCUUCCCAAGAGAGACUCCACCCACUCAUACGCCCCUCCCCAAAUAGACUCCGCCCAUUCACAUGCCCCUCACCAGAGAUGCCCCAGCUAUUCCCAGACCCUUCCCAGGAGAGAAUCUACCCAAUCACACGCUCCUCCACAGAGAGACUCCACCUUUUCCAAUGCCCCUCCCCAAACAGACUCCGCCCACUCCGAGGCCCCUCCUUAUAUAGGAUCCACCCACCCACAGGCCCCUCCCCAAAUAGCCCCCGCCUAUUCCCAACCCCCUCCCCAAGUAGGCCCUGCCCAAUCACAGGCCCCUCCCCAAAUAGGCUCCGCCCACAUCCAGGCCCCUCCCCCCGACGGUGAGAAGAGCCUCCAGCGGACCAGCUCUAUGCAGCAGCUGGAGCAGUGGGUGAGACUGCAGAGAGGGCGAAUCCAGGAGGACGACACUGACAGCGUGGCGUCGUACCUGACUCUGCCCAGGAAGAUGCCGAGCCAGCGAUCCUCCCAGGGGGUGCCCCACUACCCCGAGGGGUACCGCACGCUGCCCCGGAACAGCGUGAUGCGCCCGGGCAGCGUGUGCAGCCUGGCGCCCUCGCUGUACGACCGCGCCCUGGGGCCCACGGCGGCGGAGAAGCGGCGCUCCAUGCGGGACGACACCAUGUGGCAGCUGUACGAGUGGCGCCUGCGCCAGUCCUGCCCCAAACACGCCCCGCUCAGGGGCUCCUACAGCACCCUGCCCAACCCCCGCAGCCUGGCCCGGCCCUCCGACCGCCUGGCGCCCUCCAUCCCGCUCUCCCCCUCCCACGGCUCGCUGGCCCACUGCCCCCCCGCGCUGACCGCCCGCGCCCACCAGGGGGCCAUGACCAUGGACCGCCGGCACCGCACCCACGUCACCCAGUAUGUGUAUCCUCCUCCUGACCGCAGGAACCUGAGCUCCGGGGUCCAGCUGCAGCCUGUCUCCACCCAGAGCCUGCAGGGGAAGACGCCCGAGGAGCUGACCCUGCUGCUGAUCAAACUGAGGCGACAGCAGGCUGACCUCAGCACUGCCCGCCAGCACACGCUGGCACAGCUCCUGCAGAUCAGUCUCCACGGCAACAACCCAAAGAACAAUGUGCUCUCCCAUCACCUAAAGAGGAAUCUGCAGUUUCUGGACAGCCAGAUGAGAGAGAAUGACCCUCUCAUCUUCCUGAGUCACACAAUGAUUGAGAACUCUGCUCCAAGGCCUCAGCUCUACCAGCAAACUGUCCCGGAGGACUACAGAGACAACGCCUACAUGUACCGGCAGGGCAAUCUGGACCUCGAUGUGAAGCUGAGCAGGUUGUGUGAGCAGGACAAGGUGGUGCGGACACAGGAGCACAAGCUGCAGCAGCUGUACAGAGAGAAGCACACCCUGGAGACGGCUCUGCUGUCGGCCAGUCAGGAGAUAGAGAUGAGCGCGGGGGACCAGCUGACCCUGCAGGCUGUGGUGCAGCAGAGAGACCUGCUCCAGAGCGGCCUGCUGAGCACCUGCAGAGAGCUGGGGAGGGUCAACACCGGUCUGGAGAGGUCAUGGAGGGAGCUCGCCCAGCUGGAGUCUGACGUCACACUGAUCCGGAACAAUCUUCUCCUGCAGCUGGAGGCACUGGGCACCCCCCAGACGGAGCCCCCCAGUCAGCAGCAUGUGCAGAUUCAGAAGGAGUUGUGGAGGAUACAGGAUGUGACCGAGGCCUUGAGUAAGAACAGGACUCAAAGAGUCACUGAGCCGCAGGGUUUCCUGAGCUCCCAAGCAGCCCCCAGUCAACAGAAGAGUGAGGAAGCCGACCCCGUGCCCCCCCGGCCCCCCCUCCCCCAGUAUUAUGACGUCAUCGGGGUGAGCGCCCAGCGGGCCGGGGGCCCCGCGACCCCCCCUCGCCCGGACGACAGAAAGCAGGGGCAGAGGAACGGAGCGCAGAGCACUCCAGACUACCGGCUGUGUAAGAGUGAGCCAGAGCUCACCACGGUGUCGGAGGUGGAGGAGAUCAACACCGAGGACAAGAUGGAUGCCGCGCUGGAGAAGGAGUCCGCCACCACAGGGCUCUCCUUCCCUGUGGGAGUCGUGUCCCCCAGGACGAAGUCCCCCUUAAUGGAGUCAUCGAGCGUCACUUCCUACGUCACCCUGAGGAAGAACAGGAAGCAGGACCCCAGGGCGGACCGGCCCCGCAGUGCGGCGGAGCAGGCCUCAGUGGAGACAGGGAGGCCCAGGAUGAGCGUGGAGGAGCAGCUGGAGCGGAUUCGCCGGCACCAGGAGGGCACGCUCCGGGGCAGGAAGAAGCCCCCCGCCGCCGUGGGGGUGGGGCUGGAGAACUUCCGCACCCUGCAGAGCCGCCGGAGGGGCGACGGCAGCCCCACGGACAUCCAGGACCUGCUGGCCUCUCUGCGCGCCAAGCAGAAAGAGCCGGAGCCACAGAGAGAACAGAAACGGGAGCAGGAGCCAGAGACACAACUGGAGCAGGGGCAGGGACCAGAGAAACAACUGGAACUGGAACAGGGGCAGGGACCAGAGAAACAACUGGGACAGGAAGAGAAGCAGGAGCUGGAAAAAGAACCGGAACAGAAACAGGAGCAGGGGCCGGAGAAAGAACAGAAACUGUUACAGGAGCCAGAGAAAGAACCGGAACAGGAGCAGAAGCAGGAGCCGGAAAAAGAACCGGAACCGGAACAGGAGCCAGCGAAAGAACCGGAACAGAAACAGGAGCAGGGGGCAGAGGUGGAACUGGACCAGGAGCAAGAGCCAGAGAAAGAACCUGAACAGUUGCAGGAGGCACAGAAAGAACAGACACAGGAGCAGGGGUCAGAGAACGAAGGUGAGCAGGAGGCUGUGAAGGAACAGGAACUAGAGAAAGAACAGGACCCUGAGCAGAUGGAGGAACAGAAAAUUGAGUUGAUGAAAGAGGAGGAGCCUGAGCAAAUGAAGGGACAGGAACAGGAGUCCGUGCCGGACCAGAACCCAGUGGAGGAACCGGAGCUGGAGAAGGAACAGAAACAGAAUGAGGCACAGGCAGCAGAACAAGAACAAAAACCUGUGGAAGAACAGGAGUUGGUGAAAGACCAGAAACCGGAAGAUGCUCCAAAAGAGGAACAGGAGCUGGACCAUGUCGUGGAACGGGAACAAAAUCCUGUGGACGAACAGGAGCUAGUAAACGAACAGAAUCAUGAAGAUGAACCGAAAGAGGAGCAGGAGCUGGUUAAUGAACAGAAGCGGGAAGAUGAGCAAAAAGAGGAACAGGAGCUGGUUAAGGAACAGGAGCUGGAACAUGGAGAGGAACAGGAACAAAAUCCAGUGAAAGAACCAGAGCUGGCGAAAGAACGGGAACAAGGGAAGGAACCUGCGGAGGAACAGGAGCUGGUGGCAGUGGAGGAGUCUGAGCAAAUGAAGGGGCAGGAACAGAAAGAACAGAAACCAGAGCAGGACCUGGCGGAGGAGCCGAAGAAUGACCUGGAAAAAGGGACACGGGAUCCGACGGAGGAACAGAAAAAUACGGAGCGAGAAGAGCAAGUGAAGGAGGAGUCGGAGCAGAACCAGGUGUCUGUGAGCAGACCGGAUCAGCGGAAAGAGCCGUCCGAGGAACCCAAGGACAAUCCAGGGACAGAGGAGCAGGAGGAGGAGCAGGUGAAGGAGCCAGAGAUUCUGACAGAGGCCAACAUGGAGCCUCUCCAGACCCCCCCCCAAAUCCCCCCGCGAACCCCUCCCCAGCCCCAGGAGCUGUGCCAGGACCCAAAGGUGCCGGAGGUUCUGAUCCGAGAGGAGGAUGCGAUCAAAGCCCUUGUGGUCAGAAACAGCGUGGUGGUGCAGGUGGUGAACUCUAACCCCGAGGCCAGGCCCGGCGAGGUCACAGAGCAGGACCAGGGUCAGCUGAUCAGCAGCUGUGAGCGGGAGAGAGCAGACGUGAAAGGCCUGCCUUCUCUCCCCCUGUGUCCAGCCCCCCCAUCUACACCCCCCCAGCUGACUGAAGGGUCCCACUUCAUGUGUGUGUAGACCCCCCCCCCCUCGGUAAGAGACCCUACUCCCCCUCCUACAG